CACUAAGCUUAGCCCUGUUCAUAGAAAGUCUUGCCACACAUUGGAAUACUAGUGAUAUUCUGUACCUUUCUCGGUUGUGGGUGGGGGAGGAUUACCUGCAGUAUGUGCAUGAAUGCCUUGAUUGAAAGCAUACGCUUCAGCUUGGGCACUGACCCUGGUUCAUAUGAGUCAAUGAUGUAGACUGCAGAACAUCCAUCCAACGACUAAUCAUAGCUUCCUCAAUAUUUAAUUGAGUGCAGUAAUUAAUUAUUAACAUCUAAAAAUUAGAUUCCGAAAUUUCAAGCCACCAGAUGGUCUGAAGGGACUAUUCGAAGUGAGGAGUGCCUUCUGACGUACACAGAAAAUUACUUCCGCUGGCUGCCUUUAGAUAAGGACUGAAGAUUUGAGGGCUAGCCUAACAACUCUUCACAAUUUAGAAGAAUUUCAUGGUGGCCUUCCACAUGUGGAUGUAAGCAAGAGCAGGUUUCCGGUCCUUUUUGGUACUGACUGUCUGUCUGUGAUUUGGAGCUGGAGUUUUAAGAAAACAUUUUGAAGAGCAUGUGCUUUAGGAAGAUGAGACUGUUAAAGGCCUGCUGUAUCAGCUGUUUUGUGACUGUGAUAACCUUGACUCUGCUGCAAAGAAGCAGCAGAACUAGCCAGGAAUUACAGAAUAUCUCCCAAAGAUCCAGAUUUACAGAGGACCAAUUGGCUUCUACUUUUCUCAACUAUUUCACUCCCAAGGGAAACUUCUGGAGUCUUCAAAAAUCAGAGAUUGCUGCCACUGAAACGUUGAUGGUAACAGAAGCACAGAAAAAGACCAAACAGUGGGAUGUGAAUAGUGUCAACUGCACUCCUAACAACAACUUCACUCAUAUUGAAUGGUUCAAAGGCUUGGAGUCAAACUUCAAGCAAUUUUUACAAUAUAGACACUGCAAGUACUUUCCAAUGAUUCUUAACCACCCUGAGAAGUGUAGUGGUGAUAUCUACCUUUUGUUAGUUGUUAAAUCCAUUAUAACUCAGUAUGACCGCAGGGAUGCCAUUAGGAAAACAUGGGGCAAUGAAACAGUGAUGGAUGGAAAGCAAGUAAAAAUCCUAUUCCUUUUAGGGACUUCAUCCAAUGAAAAUGAAAAGUUUCACCAUCAAAGACUGCUGGAAUAUGAGGAUAUUAUUUAUGGGGAUAUACUUCAGUGGAACUUCGUGGACACUUUUUUUAAUCUUACCUUGAAAGAGAUUAACUUUCUCAAGUGGUUUUCUACAUAUUGUGAGAACGUGGAGUAUAUUUUUAAAGGUGAUGAUGAUGUGUUUGUAAGCACUGAGAAUAUUCUUGAAUUUCUUAGUAUACCCAAAAUCACCAAUCUUUUUGUUGGUGAUGUUCUGUAUAUGGCAAAACCAAUUCGCAAAAAGGAAAAUAAAUAUUAUAUUCCAGAAGCUUUGUACAAUAAAACAUAUUAUCCACCUUAUGCAGGGGGUGGUGGGUUUCUGAUGGCUGGAUCACUUGCAAGAAGAUUGUACAAAGUUUCUGAAAAUUUAGAGUUGUACCCCAUUGAUGAUGUUUUCCUGGGGAUGUGCCUCGAAGUGCUCAGCAUAAAUCCCAUUAAUCAUCAAGGCUUUAAGACCUUUGGCAUUGUGAAAAACAAAAAAAGUAAAAUGAAUAAAGAGCCUUGCUUUUAUAAAAGCAUAAUGGUGGUGCACAAACUGCUUCCAGCAGAACUUCUAGAAAUGUGGAAAGCUGUUCACAGCAAAAUUAGUUGUUCUAGAAAAAUAAAAAUUUCUAUAGGUUCACCCCAAAGUUCAUAUAAGUUUUAAUGGGCUGUUGAAUGCAAAAGAUUAAUCUUUCCUAUUUUGGAAGAAAGUGGACCGUUUUAAUUUAUUUUCCAUUAACCAUCUCCAUUUUCAUGCUUUCCUAUUUAAUUUUUGUUUCUAAAUGAUGGAAAAAUAGUCUCUAAACACUUAUUUAUCUGUUUAUUCUUCAAUAGUCUCACUUGAAUAGCUGCCAGAAUAUUUAAUCAAACAUUUUCAUUAAAAUGUAUUUUUAAUAAAUGUUGUUAGCACUCUAGUGUAAGUGAAAACAAUUUGAGAACUUGGUUUGAUGGAACAGCAAUGCAUCUUAGUGUAAGCAUGUUUUCUCCUACAAUGUAACUGAUUGCAGUUUUCAUUUGUUUGCUUUACUGAGAAGGGGACUGAAAAUGCAAAUAACAAUUGAAGUUACAAUGUUUAAAGCAUUGCUCUGAGAAAUCAGUUACCCUGCUGUAUUCAAUUUUGGUUUCUAUGGCUUCCACACCUUUCUAUAUUCUGGGGGAGAAAACUGGUGCAUAAUCGUUCAGCCACGAUCUUGCAGAUCAUAGUCAGUAUUACAUCUUUUUAAAAUGUUGUUUCUUUAAAUUCUGGAGCAGGAGGGAAGCAGUUUCUCUUGUAAAAUAAGCAUAAUCCUAGGUCUGGUAAAGUUAUGAUUGCACUACAGUUUGGACUUUGCACCUUUGUGUGUAAAAGGUCAUUGAGGAGUUUUUGUUUUGAGCCUCUUCUGGAAAUUCUUCAGCUAUUAAAGGGUCUUUAUGCAAUUCAUGACAAAGUGGACCUUGUGUGAGGCCUUUUCAUGAUCUCAACCUUUACUCCUGUCAUAAUCCGGGACAGAAUUACUUUACGACUUUAUCAGAGUGGCUUCAAUGGGAACUGAAGGAAUUAAAGAAUAACGCUUGCCACUAUGUGGUCUUAUGGUGGACUCUUCUGUACCCUGAAAAGGUGAAUUGGAUAAUGUUGGUGUGUUUGUAUCUGGACUAGUUAAAUGACCUAUAGAAUUGUCCUGUCUGUGGAAUUUUGGACAAGCAAAAGUGAGUUUCCACUCCAUUGCAUAUGCUGCUUUAUUGGAAAUCAUCAGACCUCUGAUUCUUUCACAAAUCUGAUAUUUUUGACAUAAUUUACAGAUUGAAUUCUGUUUGGCAUACCUUUUCUAUUCCACCAUCUUAUCUAUGUCACCUUGCAGUUUUGCACUUAUUAAGAUGCCUACUUUUUAAUAUUCUGUUCAAGCAUAGAUUGAAUUCUUUUUAGCUCUUUAUCCAAGUCAGUAGUGCACACUGAACCAAACUGGUCCUUAGACUACAUUGUUAUCACCUAUUCUGAGGUUCUGAGGAGUUCUAGAAUUCUCAUUUCCCUUUUCAUUUUUUGAGUUUUUUUUUUGAAAUGGCUUUUUUUUUAAUGAAUUACUCCGUCCCUCUCUCUCUUAUCCUUGCUCUUUUUCAAUAGUCUCUUGUUAGGACUGAAUGAAAAUCCAUGUGCACUACAACUAAUGACUUUCUCUAUUGACUGUAGUUCAUCCUCAAAGAUGUAGUAUUAUCUUGAUCUUUGGAAAAUCUAAUUGUUUCAGGAGCAUGAUCUGCUGAAAGUCGUCACUAACCAGAUACGUUUAAUCUUGAAUCUAUGAACCUACUACCAGCAGCUGACUGUAUUUUGUUUGUGGCACUGGGAUGAGUAGUUUUGUUCUUGGAUGCAUGUUAUCCUUCAAAUAUUCCAAGAUUUUUACAUAGUAGUUCUAGCGGUCAUUUUAAGGUGUGCUGCCUAGACUAUCCACAAUCUGAAUCAAAAAGGUGGCUGUGGCAUAUGGUUCAUGCUCUGCAGCAAGUCCCAUAAAAUAACUGGGUACUUGAUACUGACUGACCAAGCCCAUCUAGAAACUACAACAGUAGCAUGAUUGUCCUCCAUACAAGAACUGCUGCAUCUUGUUGUUAACCCAUCAGACUACUUGAAACAGAGCAGCUGAUUAAUUGAAAAAUGAUCUCGUUAUAUCUAUUCUUUGCAGUCAAACAGCUGAAGAGAUUGGCUCUUUACUCCUUUGCAACAUUACAAUGAGAAUUUGGGAAGAAGUGUAAGGAGUUUUGAAAAGAAAACGAAGCUAAAACUUUAAUUGGCUCAAGUAAGAGGAUUAUAUUGUUUUGGCUAGUUAAUACCUAUUGUUAUGAUUAUCUGCACCUGAAAUUUAGGAGCAGCACUUUACUGUCCAUCCCUGGCUGUGCCUUUUCUAUAAUAGAGGACAAAGUAUGGAUGACUUGUGUAUUACCAAACACUGCAGCACUAUGCAUGACCUUUUUGGUGGAACAUUUUAUAUUUGAGUCAAUUACAAACCUGGAUAAAUAUACAAUAUUAACUAGCUGAACAAUAUGAAGAUGUGUUUUUAAAGAAAUAACAGGUCGUACUGUAGUUUGAAUUUAAAUUGUUUUAUAAUAUAGUAACAUUUAAAUUGUCAAAUGUAAUAAGCUGUAAGCAACAUCUUGAGCAUGGUACUGUACAAAGGGUUUAAGAAAAAUCUCCUUGUCUAUGAAAGAUGUUUGUCUUACCUUUUUUUGGUUUUGCUUGGAAUAUUUCAUGACCAGUAAUCUUCCAUUGGAUGGGAAAGUCUCUUUGUUGUGAAGCUAGAUUGUUGUUCAUCCUUGAAGAUGUAUGAAUUUGUAGCUAGAUGUUUGGGAAGAAAGGUAGUUUGCUAUCUGGUUCAUCUGUGUGAUAAUAAUUAAUGAGGGAACCUGCAUAAACUUCCCACAAACUUUAAGCCACUUACUCAAAAUGUAAAUCCAGAAAAGCUGUUCCAAAAACAUUUCACUAACAACUUCUAACUUUUAUCAUUUUUGAUUUCUAGUUGAGUGAACUUCAUUAUUUUUUCAUUCCUACCUUCUAAUUGCUAAGUUUUCUAGCUGGUGUAGUUAAGUUCUGAAUCUGAAAAUUGCACGGUGAAAAUAUGUAAACACUUUAGAAGUAUGACCCUGAACUAAAGAAUGACUGACUGGCAAAAUGUGGUGUGAGAACUCCAAAUUACUCUACCUUUAAGAGUGGAGCUCUACUGAGCUUUGUUUCUAACUCCCAUCAUAGUCACUUGAUGGUCAUUGUUAGUAUAUGAGAGGCUUCAGUAUCAUGUGGUUGGAAAAGCAAUUGUGGCUGGUUUUGGCUCUGAAGCAAGAACAAAACUUAGAAAUUUUACGGAUUCAACACCAUUUGCCCACCUCACCCAUUUGUUUUUUAUAAACACUUUUUUUUUAAGCAGUAGGGCUGGUAUUUCAGACUGAACCCAGACCUUGACUGCACACUUCACAACAUCAUCCUUAGUGGCAGGCUAUGCCCUAUAUGGUGAUAAAAGACUGACAAAAUUCCCAAUCUUCUAAUCCAACCCACUCUCUCAAAUGUCACCUGACCGGUAAUCUUCCAUUGGAUGGUUAUUGUUCUUUCUUGAAGAUGUAUGAAAUUGUAGCUAGAUGUUCAGGAAGAAUGAUAGCUUGCUACCUGGUUAGUCUGAGUGAUAAGAGGGCCCUGCAUGAACUUCCCACAAACUUUAACAUAAGUCAAGAAAAGCUGUUCAAAAAAUAUUUUAUUAACAACUACUGAGUAGGGUGGGAGCAGGUCCCAAAUGAAGCUGGGACUUGGCAUUCCUAGCUCCUAGAUAACGUUUUGUCCCAUCCCCAAGUAGGUGUGGCUUGAACACAUUCCAUUUUGUUUAAGAAAGAACUGAACUGGCUUUUCAUGACUCUGAACCUCUCGUUCUGAAAACAACCUUCCAUUCCUUUGCUCUGAACUUUGUCUAAUUCAUUCAGAUAUUUUGGACUUAGUGCAAAAAUGAUAUAAUAUUACAACCAUAUUUGCAUGAAUAAUGAAAAUAUUAAAUUGCAUCUGUUUGUUUACCAUGAUGGUGCUAAGUGGUACAGUAAACUUUAAAUAUUUAGUUUGAAUCCAUGUUAAAUUGCCUCCUUUUUUUUAGUAAAUUUGAAUUACUAAAUUUUAAAAAUUCAUCGAAAUUUGACUUCAAAUGAACAAGAAUUAAUUGAGAUUAACUAGUUUUAUUCACAACUUCAUCAUUUUGGAAGCUUUCAAUGAAUAUUCUAUUUUUCCUUUUGUUAAAAUGGCAAAGGACACUGUACAGCAGUACACAUUUGACACUAUAGUAUACAAACACUUUAAAGUCCCAGAAAAAAUUGACAAUAUUGCCUUUUCUAUCGCUGUCUUUUUGCUUUUUAUUAUAACACCAGUUUUAAUUUAGCAACUCUAUGCCUUUGAUUUCACAAAUUUGUCUUUUAAAUCAUCAUAUGCAGAAUUCCAUCAAAUGACUUAACUUCCUUACCAUGAGUGCCUUCCUCUUUAAAUUUAGUGAUAUGGAAAUUGUGUUUAUAGGUAUGUUGUUUUAAGGUCAUGUUAAUCACUUUUAAAUUGAAUAAUCUCAUCUUCUGUGAAAUCCAAUUAUUGCAAAAAUUAAAACCUCUCUGCUUUUGUCUGUAAUUAAUGAAUGGUUAUGGGACACCUCCCCUCUUAUUGCCAAUCAA